UUGAGAGAAGUGGAACAGCCGUGUAGCCCCUGUGUAUGCUCAACAUGUAUAAAGCUGUAACGUGUUUAAGUGGCCGUUGGGCCAUUUUAACGGGACAAUCCUGCUCUCGGCCUAGUCUGGCCAAAUUCCACUUGGCAAGUGGAGCUUUGUGUCAGAAAUCAGCCUUCAGAGAUCCUCCCACACACAUGCCAGAGAUGCCUCCUUGCACGUUCAGGCCAGAGGAAUACAAGGGUAUGUCAAAGGAGCGAAUGAUGGAGAUCCGCAGGCAGAACUGCAACCCUAUGACCAUGAAGGUCACUUUAUAUAAAAAACCCGUGUUCAUUCAUCAGGGAUACAUGCAGUGGUUGUGGGAUGUGGAUGGUAGGCGAUAUCUGGAUCUGUUUGCUGGUGUGGCCACUGUCAGUGUGGGCCAUUGCCACCCGAAAGUAACUGCUGCUGCAGAACAGCAGCUGAAAAAACUUUGGCAUACUACAAACAUUUAUGUCUAUCCUGCUCUACAUGAGUAUUGUGAAAAACUGGCUUCCUAUUUCCCAGAUCCUCUUAAGGUGAUCUAUCUGACCAACAGCGGAUCUGAAGCCAAUGACCUAGCAAUGUUGAUGGCCCGCCUCCACACAGGCAAUUUUGAUAUAAUCACUUUCAGAGGAUCAUAUCAUGGUGGCGGUCCUCAGACCAUUGGUCUAACAUCCAAUGCAGCAUAUAAAUAUCCCAUUGCUAACGGAUUAGGCUGCACAAAUACCAUGUGUCCCGAUGUGUUCCGAGGUCCAUGGGGAGGAAGCCACUGCAGAGACUCUCCUGUACAGACUAUCAGACAGUGCAGCUGUGCUCAAGGUCAUUGCAUGGCAAAUGAACAAUACCUUGGACAGCUCAAAGAGACAUUUGCUACUAGUGUCCCAACAAGAAUUGCUGCCUUCUUUGGAGAGCCUAUUCAGGGUGUUGGAGGAGCUGUGCAAUACCCUAAAAACUACCUGAAGGAAGCUUACAAACUUGUGAGAGAAAGAGGAGGGAUCUGCAUUGCUGAUGAGGUACAAACAGGAUUUGGAAGAACAGGAAGCCACUUCUGGGGUUACCAAGGGCAUGGCGUAAUUCCUGAUAUGGUUACAAUGGCAAAGGGAAUUGGUAAUGGAUUUCCCAUGGGAGCUAUUGUUACAACACCAGAAAUUGCUGCCUCGUUUGCCAAGGGGGUUCAUUUCAACACAUUUGGAGGAAAUCCUGUUGCUUGUGCCAUUGCUUCUUCAGUGCUUGAUACUAUUCAAGAGGAUGGUACACAGAAAAUCAGUCUUGAUGUGGGGACCUAUCUGAUGACAGAACUGGCAAAACUCAGAGACAAGUAUGAGAUCAUUGGGGACGUUCGUGGAAAAGGCUUGCUGAUCGGAGUGGAAAUGGUCAAAGACAAGGCCAGCAGAGAUCCGCUGCCUCCUGAAGCAAUGGCUGAGAUCUUUGAAGAUGUCAAAGACAUGGGAGUCUUGAUAGGCAAAGGAGGAGUAUACGGACAGACCUUCCGCAUCAAACCUCCCAUGUGCAUCACAAUGGAAGAUUCAGAUUUCUUCUUGGAUGUUUUUAACAAGUCCGUUCACAACUACAUGGAGAAAAGAUGAAGCCACAUAAAGGUCAGCUGGACCACUCAAUGCCAAGGAUCAUUCAGCAGUGGAUUAUCUUACUUUCUACAUCUUAUAAAAUGUGAAAAUGUUAGUAUUAAUUAUCAUGAAGACACAGAUUUUUAAAAAGGGAAACUUUUAAAAUUUUUCCUCAACUAAGCUAUAAUUUAAUUACUACACUAAACAUACCUCACUAGUGCCUUCUGUGCAGCUGAUUUCAACAAGGUCUUUGUAUAUUGUGUCUACAGUAAUUAUUAAUGUUGUAAUAAUGAAUCCAUAGCUUUUAAUUUGGUUAUAAUAUAAAUUACAAAACUUUCCUCUCAUAUGAAUCAAGGACACCCUCUGUCAAAAUUAGCUGAAUUUCAUAGGGAGGUUGCAUAAUGUUUGAUAGGUGCAUCUGGAUGAUGAUUCAAAAUUAUGAUAAUUAUUGGUAAUGUGAAAUAGAUACUCUCUUCUUAAUGUGGUGAAGAAAGGUUAGAGGGUUCAUGAGAAAAGAAUGUAUUGGAGUGUACCUUUGAUGAACCAAUGAAAUUUGAAAUAAUAACACUUGAACCCAAGGACAGGAGAGGGGAAAGAUUUUUCUAAAACCUUCUACAACCUGCCCGUUGUGUGCAAACAAUGACUGUGUAACAGAAUCCUGAUGCCUGUUUAACUUUAUAUGAAAAGACUCAUCUAUUAAAUUUUCACAGAUGGUG